GGAAGCGGGAAAGGGCCACAAUGGGGCCUGGGAGGUGGGCGGGGCGGAGCACGGGUGUCCCGCCACGUCGCUUGGUUUUCCCACGCCAGGAGCUACCACCACAGGUGCUGCGAGCCGUAAGCGCCCCCCACCCGCGACAUGGGCUCGGACGCCUGGGUGGGCCCUUGGCGGCCACACCGGCCUAGAGGCCCCAUCGCGGCGCACUACCAAGGCCCCGGGCCCAAAUACAAACUGCCGCCCAACACCGGCUACGUCCUGCAUGACCCGUCGCGGCCCCGAGCCCCUGCAUUCACCUUCGGCGCGCGCCUCCCCACGCAGCGGACGACUUGCGGCCCCGGGCCCGGCCACCUGGUGCCCGCCCGCAUGACCGUGCGCGGCCCCGACAGCGCCCCCGCCUACUCCAUCUACGGCCGCCCGCGCCACUCAGCGCCCUUCCCCACUCCGGGACCCGGCAGGUACUUCCCGGAGCGAGCUGGGAACGCGACGUACCCCCGCGCGCCUCGACACACCAUUGCUCCCCGAAACUGGGGUGUCCACGCCGAGCAGCAGAGCCCAGGUCCGGGGACCUAUACUGUGCCCUCGCUCUUGGGUCCGCGAGUCAUCGGCAAAGUCUCCGCCCCAACUUACUCCAUCUACGGCCGCAGAGCAGCGGGCAGUUUCUUCGAGGACCUCAGCAAGACCCCGGGCCCCUGCGCCUACCACGUGGUGAGCCCGGGGGUCUACAAGUCCCGGGCCCCCCAGUUCACGAUGCUGGCGCGGACUUCGCUCCCCCAAGACAGCACGCAGAAGCCGGGGCCCGCAGCUUACAACGUGGACCAGCACCGGAAGCCCCGCGGGUGGAGCUUCGGGAUCCGGCACUCGGACUACCUGGCCCCUCUGGUGACCGACGUGGACAACUGACGCGCCGGGCGGGCGCGGCCCCACACUUGUUUGCUUAAAGAAGUUUGCGAGCCCGCA